CGUGCCCAAAAUGUCUGGCGCCGAGAUAUUGCGGCGGCCCGAUUCCACUUCUAUUGUCACAUCGCCAGGAGUCACACGUGAUCAUCCACGGACAAGGAUAUGCCCGACGGCCAGCUCCGCCCAGACGACGCUGCCCCGACCGUUCGCGACGUGAGCCAUCCAUCACCGUCCUCCUCGGUCGCCGAGCCUUCAGAUCUGCCAUCAAACGGCCGCAUCGUCGGGCUGUCCGAGUCGUCUGUCGCUCGGGUGUGCCACAAUCACAUAACAGCGGUGUGCAUGUUAACUAACGACACUACCGCCAUCCCACUUGAGUCUCCAUCAUCUGAUCCCGCACCGCCCUCCUAUGGCCACCGCUGUUCUGAGCCCAUAAUGGCACGCGGCAGCUUUGUUCUCGCCGUAGUCGUCCUCGGCGCCGACGAACAAAGAAAAGGCUUAUUCCGCGGCCCACUAAGCGUCGUGAUUCAAGCGGCGCGCAGUGGCUCCAACGCCGCUCCUUUUGUGCGAGCACGCGCACGGCGGCGCCCUUCUUCGGACGGGCCUAACCAUCGGGUGGCCGGCGACAUUAUCAGAUGACCACCUCGAAGGGAGUUUUCGCGGCUGCUCUUGCUCUUCUCUGCCGUCCUGGGGCGACUUU